AUGGCUUAUUGCGUAGUUUUACCCACGAUGAAACCAUUUAUUAUUUUUUUAAAAGGAAAAGACCAAAGUGGCGUAAGGUCAGUUGGUACACUCAGACGAUACCUCUCGGAAGUAGCUAAUGAGUACAUCAGUGCAGGAGAUGAUGAAAAACUUGCAAAAGAGGAAUUCUGCAAAGAAAAUCUAUCUUUUUAUGCUUGUUGUGGCAUACAACACUAUGAAUCAGUUAUUAGACGUAUGGGAGGUACUUAUGGAUGCAAGAGGAUAAUGAGAAAAGACUGCGGAUAUCGGUUUGUGACCAAAUUGGAAGAUGAAACCAAGAUGUAUGACGACGUACCUGCUAAAUUAGAUCCCUUGAAGCAGGCGGCCCUUCAAGAAUAUGUAAAGGAAUUAAAUACAAAAUUAGCAAUCAGAAAUAAGCGCCAAUCUAUAGAACUCCAGAACUCAAUGGAAAAAGAAAUAAAAGAUGAACUAAAUUCUCCGGCCUUAAAUUUGGAACAACUUGGAGAACAGAGAAGACAUCUUACUGGAAGAGCUUUAAGAAAUAUAAUUAGACAGGCAAUAGAUAUUAAACAUUUGACCAAACUUAUAGACUAUGGAAGAAUUGGAACAACUACAUAUGAUUUAAGAAAUAAAAUUAUCCGUGCAUCAGAUAGAUAUAUGCGUGAUGUCCCAUUAAUGUCGAUGUGUCAAUUGAUAGCAUUGUUAUGGUGUACACAAUGUCCAACAACAUUUGUAAGAGUUGAGGAAGAUUAUGAUAAUAAAACUUGUACCAUGACAAAUAAAAAUAUAUUAUACACAACAAAAGUUUACCGAAAAAUGAAGAAUAUAAAUGUUUGCUUUGCAAUACAAAAAACGUCUGGAAUGGAAGAAGACAAAUCUGAUGAAAAGGGAAAGAAAAUUGUUAAAAAAAAGGGAAGUUCGUCUGGAUUAAACCAAAACAUAGGAGUGUGGAAAAUGAUUGUAAAUUCGCUAGGUCUAUUGGGUGACAAUCCGACUGAAGAAGAAAUAAAAUCGCAAGAUAUUACCUCAGAAAAUUUGUUCACUAUUACAACGUUGGAAGCACCACCAGGGAAAGUUACAUGGGACGAUUUUGAUAAACUAGUAGAUAAUGUUGGAUUAAAUCUGGUUAAAACUAGUUAUUACAAUUGGGCCAUGAGCAGUUCCAAAGGUCGAUGAAGAUUA